AUGGAGGAGGCACUACCGCCUGGGCACCUGCAGGUGCAGGAUGCCCACCGCCGCCACCCAGUGAGGAGGGGGCCACAGCUCAGGCAUGAAGCUCCCUCCAGCAGCCCAGCACCUGCCCCAGCCGCCCAGGAGGCCCCUCGGCCUGCUGGCAGCCCCAGACCUCCCCGCUGCGGCGUGCCUGACCCACCUGAGGGGCUGAGUGCCCGCAACCGACAAAAGCGGUUCGUGCUGUCGGGCGGGCGCUGGGAGAAGACGGACCUCACCUACAGGAUCCUCCGCUUCCCGUGGCAGCUGGUGCGGGAACAAGUGCGGCAGACAGUGGCGGAGGCCCUACAGGUGUGGAGCGACGUAACACCACUCACCUUCACAGAGGUGCACGAGGGCCACGCUGACAUCAUGAUCGACUUCACCAGGUACUGGCAUGGGGACAACCUACCGUUUGAUGGCCCUGGGGGCAUCCUGGCCCACGCCUUUUUCCCCAAGACCCACCGAGAAGGGGAUGUCCACUUCGACUAUGAUGAGACCUGGACCAUCGGGGACAACCAGGGCACAGACCUCCUGCAGGUGGCUGCCCACGAAUUUGGCCACGUGCUUGGGCUGCAGCACACGACGGCGGCUAAGGCCCUCAUGUCCCCUUUCUACACCUUCCGCUACCCACUGAGCCUCAGCCCGGAUGACCGCAGGGGCAUCCAGUACCUCUACGGCCGGCCUCAGCUAGCCCCCACCUCCAGUCCCCCGGACCUGGGCCCUGGGGCUGGGGUGGACACCAACGAGAUUGCGCCGCUGGAGGUGAGCCGGACACCCCCCCCAGACGCCUGCGAGGUUUCCUUUGAUGCGGUUGCCACCAUCCGUGGAGAGCUCUUCUUCUUCCAGGCAGGCUUUGUAUGGCGGCUGCGCAGGGGCCGGUUGCAGCCUGGGUACCCUGCGCUUGCCUCUCGCCACUGGCGGGGACUGCCCAGCCCUGUGGACGCAGCCUUCGAAGAUGCCCAGGGCCACAUCUGGUUCUUUCAAGGUGCUCAGUACUGGGAGUACGAUGGGGAGACGCCAAUCCUGGGCCCUGCUGCCCUCUCUGAGCUGGGUCUGCCAGGAUCCUCGGUCCACGCUGCGCUGGUCUGGGGCCCCGAGAAGAACAAGAUCUACUUCUUCCGAGGUGGAGACUACUGGCGCUUCCACCCCAGCACCCGCCGUGUGGACAGCCCCGUGCCCCGCCGGGCCACUGACUGGCGAGGGGUGCCCUCUGAGAUCGAUGCUGCCUUUCAGGAUGCCGAUGGCUACGCCUACUUCCUGCGUGGCCGCCUCUACUGGAAGUUCGACCCUGUGAAGGUGAAGGCCCUGGAGGGCUUCCCCCGCCUCGUGGGCCCCGACUUCUUCGGCUGUACUGAGGCUGCCAACACUUUCCGCUAAUGACAGCUUAGAUGUCCUCAGGGCCCCGACCCCUGCCAGGCCACUGAUGGCUAGAGACUGUGGCCAUCUUGGUGGCUGUGGGCACCAGGCACGGCUCGGAGCCGUGUCUCCUCAGGGGGGGCAGGGAGGGACUGCAGGAAGGGCCACGCGGGUCGUGGCCACUGCCAGCGACAGUCUCAGACUGGGCAGGGAGGCUUGGGCAUUAAGGGUGCAGGUGGCCUUGGGCUGGCUCUGCCCUACCUGUGCAGGUCAUUGUCAAAGCCAACUGCCCCUGGUCUCCUUCCCAUCCUUCAGGGUGGGACCUCAGCAGGGCUGGGGUAGCUGGAGCCCUCACUGUCCCUGCUGUGAGGUCCGGCAGGGUGCUGGCACUUGGGUCCCGAGGUCCCAUGCCUUUAGCCCUUUACUAAGUCAGCUCCAGAACGGGCUGCCUUCCAGUUGGUGAUUCUAGAAAUCUCCAGGAUCCAGGCCAAAAGGUCCAGUCAGCUGGGGAGGGAGGUGCUUCUUGUCAGAGACCCCGGGCCCUGGAGGCCCCAACAUACCUCAGUCCUAUUGUGGGCUGGAUCCCCUCCAGCCCUCAGCCCACACUGGGCCCUCCAAAGCCAUGUAAAUGUGUACAGUGUGUA